UCGAUUAGUCACGUCUUUACGUUUUAUUUUGUUUCAAUGGACGCCUUUGACUUGUUUAGAAAGCUUGGGUCUGGAGCAAAGUUUGAUCUGAAAAGGUUCGCUAAAGAUGCAGAGCGGUUUAAGGUAGUGAAGUCUCAGAGCAACGACAGCUCAAAUCAGCUGGCUGGAGUCAGCUUUUUUGGCAAAGAGACACAAGAGAACACAUCUCUGGAGUCCAGACUGAGUGAAGAUGAUGGUGACGAAGAGAAAGAAGGGAGUGAUGAAGAGCAGGCCUCUGGUAAACGGAUUAAAAUGGAUGAGCCAGUGAAGACAGCACGGAAGAAAAAGAAAGGAGCGAAGAAAAAAUCCGAAGAUGCAGAGCCUGAGAAGAGCGAGGGAGAGGGGAUCCAAUGGAUGUCAUCAUCGCAAGACAAGGUGAAAGACCCCAAGAAGGAGUCUAAAAACAAGCCCUCCUUGAAAAGACUCAAGCAGCUUCAUCAGGAGAAGGUGAAUCGGAUACGGCACCAAAACCGGAUUAACGUGCAUGGGACAGACAUUCCAGAUCCUGUUUCCACUUUUGAGGAGCUGCAGCAGGAGUAUGAUCUGGACCCACGAAUCAUUCAAAACAUCAAGGCGGCGGGUUUCCAAACCCCCACACCCAUACAGAUGCAAGCCGUUCCUCUCAUGAUGCAUAAAAGGGAGAUCCUGGCAUCUGCUCCGACAGGCUCCGGUAAAACUAUGGCCUUCUGUCUGCCCCUGCUGGCCCACCUUCGCCAGCCCCUCAACAAGGGUUUCAGAGCCCUCAUCAUCUCCCCUACCAGAGAGCUCGCCACUCAGACUCACAGAGAGUUGCUCAAGCUGUCGGAAGGAGUGGGCUUCAGAGUUCACAUGAUCAAUAAAGGAGUUGAAGCCGUUAAAAAAUAUGGUCCCAAGACAGCAAAGAAAUUUGAUAUAUUGGUGACGACUCCUAACAGAUUGAUAUAUUUACUAAAUCAAGACCCUCCUGCUAUCAACUUAAGUAGUGUGGAGUGGCUGAGGGACAAUGUUGUGAGCAGUUUCCGUUCGGGGAAGAUCUGGGUGCUGAUCUGCACUGCUCUCCUGGCCCGUGGUAUUGACUUCAAGGGCAUCAACCUUGUUAUCAACUAUGACUUCCCUACCACUGCUGUGGAAUACAUCCACCGGAUCGGGCGAACUGGAAGAGCAGGCAACAAGGGAAAGGCAAUAACUUUCUUCACCGAGGAUGACAAACCUCUCCUUCGCAGCAUUGCUACCGUCAUAAAGAAGGCUGGAUGUCCUGUCCCUGAUUACAUGAUCGGGUUAAAGAAAAUCAAAAGCAAAUUGAAACGCCAGCUUGUAACAAAACCACCCAGACGGUCAACCAUUCGGACGACUCCGCGCAUUCUUUUUGAGAAGAAGCCCGGCAAGAGAAAAAGGAAAAAAAGAAAAGCAGCAGCAAAGGAAGCAAAAGGCGAAGCAUCAGAAGUCAUUUCUAACAGCUGAUGUGGCACAUUGAGAGAGUUGUACAGACUGCCACUUUUUUUCUAUCCACAUUAUUGUCUCUAAUAAAGUGAAUGUUGACCAGUCUGUGUGAAGAUCUUAUGACAAUCAACAGAUUGUCAGUGCUGUUCCAGUUUACUUUACAUAAAACAUUACCACCAUAAACUGAAA